AUGGCCCCGGCCGUGGACAUCUCCUCCUUCUCUCGAUCGUCCCAUUCCACCCCCGACCUCCCGUCUCUCCCACCGCGAUCACAGUCGCCCUCCCUGGGGCAGCCUCUCCUGUCCGAGCAGGCGGGCUCGCACACCAAGAGCUUGGCCGAGUUCGCGACCUUUGAGAUCCCCUCCUUCAGCACCGAUCUCGACCUCAAGCUCGACAUCUCUCUCCCUCCUCUCACCCUCGACAGCCAGCCGCCCCCUUCCAUCCCCGCCGAAAAUGACGACCCAAAACCCCCUUCUUCACCAACAACCCUGCAGCAUCUGCGCACCAGGUCUGCAGCUUCCAACAUCGACGGGUCUCGCUCGUGGCUGCGUAGCUUAGCGACGAUUCGAGAUGCGCCCUUCACCAGCUUCAAGAGGUCGUGGAUGCCGCUGUCGCGCGCGCAUGCAAAGACCCAAUCAGAGGCGCCGGCGGCUGCCAACGUGAAGCCGGAAGCGAAAUCGAGCCUCGACAAGCUGAAACGGGCUGCGACGGCCAGCAUCACGGAAAUUACGACCAAUCAGACGAGCCAGGGCCGCUUAGUCGACGCGAGUGCCAAGCCGGCGACAAAGGGAUUCGCUCGUGCCACCAGCUACUUCGCCAGAAUCAAGCAGAAGCCCGCGACCGCCUUGUCCAAGUCAACAGGCGACAGCAUCGGCUCCGACUUUAGCUGCGCCUCGUCUGCCACCAGCCUGGCCCAGCCGGGCUCCAGCAGCAUCGACACGCAUGUCUCGCAGUCGGCCUCUUCCGCCGAGACAAACUCCACGGCCCUGACCGCUGAUGAGUCGGCCAGCGAAAUGCCCGCGCGCAUCCCCGAUCCGCUGUGGUCGCACUUCAAGAACCUCGACCUGGAGAUCCGCGGCUUCGCCUCCAAGCCCGUCGCCCAGCAGUGCGCCCUGGUCAAGACGCUGCUUCUGCCCUUUCUCAAGAGCGCCACCAGCCAGCAGCCGCUUGCCGGGCUGCGCCCCGAGGAUGUCGACUGCAGGGCCUCCGUGCUCCACAGGUGGUGGAGCGCCGUGCUCGACAUGCUCGAGGUGCAGCACCAGCAGCCGGUCCCGGGCCUCGACCGCCAACUGCUCUUCGAGACGGCCACCACCGUCAUGAUGCGCAUGGAGUGGCGCCAGACGACGCCGUGCUUUGUGCCCCUGGCGGACCGCUCCCCUCAGGACCGCGUGCGCGCGAGGUCCUCCACCAACUCGUCCUCCAACUCGUCGCAGACCUCGGACCAGUCCGCCAUGCUGGCAGAGUCGGCAGAGCACAACAUCAGGACCAUGUUCGUGUCCAACCUGGUGAGGCAGAUGGCCUUUGUCGUCGAGAAGAUGUCGCUGCGCCACGUGCCCCCGAGCUUGAUCGACUUCGCCGGCAAGACGUGCGCGUACGCCUUCUUCUUUGCGCCUGGGGUGGCUGAUAUACUAGUGCGACUGUGGGGGUUGACGCCCGACCUGAUCCGCCGUGUCUCCGAGAGCAUGGGCCUUGGCCGCAGCUGCAACGAACCCGUCGACGAAGAAAUCGUAGCCUCCUUCCCGCCGAAGCUGAGCUCUCUGGCCUGGUCCUCGCCUCGAACGCUGUGGGCUACGCUGAAGCGCAUCCCCAAGAUGCCGCUUCUUGUGGCGAGGGUGCCGUGGACGGGGCCGUGGGUUAUGCGCUGGAAGGGACGCGACACCGACCUCCUCUUCAUCUUCUGCCGAUACUUCCACCUCCUAUCAGACCAGUUCAUGCCGGAAGGUCUUUCGUUAACGGAAAAGGCACAGUCGCCAGCCUUUGUGCUUGUUCACGCACAGCUCUUGUCGAUUCUCGACGGCACCAUCCACCGUCAGGCCGCCCUUGAGCCUCCUCACGGAUCGCUCCUGGCCAACUCACCGCGAGGAGCAGAAGCAGCAGCCCUGCAGAUGCCCAUGCCGCCAAACAACCUGAUGAAGAGCAUGGCGGAGAAUAGACUGGUAGUGUUGCUUAGGGACAUUCUAGCGGACAGGACACUUGAAUAUGCGGGGGCGAGACACACGUUCGCCGAGGCCUUUUCUGCGCUCUUGAAAGCCGCCACGAGCAGGACGUCACGAUACAACAGCACCGCGUGCUCCAUGCUAUGUGACCUGUUGGAGGAGGUCUUGCUCAUCUACCACCGGGCCGAGACCGACGAGUACCCAACGUGCUACAUCGACUGGCCAUUCUGGAUUGACGUGUGCAAGAUUGCGUUGUCCUCGCUCAACACGCUGUCCGAGAUUCGCAUGAUUUCCUUCAUCUUUACAGUGUGGGAUGCCAUUGCCAAGGAUCCUGAACAGAAGCUGCUGGUGUGUCGCGAUUGGCUGCUAACGGAAGAGACCUUCAACGCGUUCUUCAACAACUGGUGUCCAAUGGUGCGCGCGUACUACAUGCGUCUGCUCUGCUGGCGAAUCUGUCGCGACAAGGGCAGCCAGAACGACAUUGACAUGGAAAUCUUUGCACUGGCGUCCAAGAGGCUCAAGAGCGUUUGGUCACACUACCUUUACCUGAAGCAAGCUGCCGAAGAUGCUUGCCGGAUACCUCCUGCCACAGCACCAAUGUCGCCGACCUUGGGAAAACGAUUCAUCAUCAUCAAGCACGAAGUUGCUGUGCCUCAGCCGGGCCUGUUCGUGACGUUUGAUACGUUUACCAAGGCGUCGAGCAUCGUCACGCCCGCAAACGAGGUAACCUCCGACACAGCUCUCGUGACCAAGAAUGACCCAAAGAGAAAGUGGUCAUUUCUCAAGCUAUUGUCCUUUGGUUCAACGGCUUCUACCACCUCGACAACGUCGGAGGCGUCGCAAAGCAAGCCUUCUACGGACGAGGGACUCCAAAACGCGCGCAGGGAGGUUGCCAACUCUCGGUCACGGCAGCUCACCGCGGCCAACCCACCCAAGACGGCAGGCUCCGACGACAGCGUGGACUCUGAUGGCUCCAACCCGGUCUAUGAAGAGCCCAAGUUUACCUUCAAGUUUGUCCUGGGCUGGCCGCAGCAGCAGCAGGGACCUACGCUCGACCGCACCCUCGCGUGCCCGAGACUCCCCACGCCAGCCCAAUCAAGGCUUGGCUUCAAGGCAAAGCGAGGAGGUGGCCCGACGUUGCCCCCGCUCAUGAUACCGACGAGAAAAUUUUCCGGCAGUUCUCAAGGCGGCCUCGUGCAGGCGGCAAGGAACGCGAAUGCAAGCCCUCUUGGUUCGCCAGUCUUGGAGGCUCAGCGACAGCCAUUCGCAAACGGCGGGGUGAUCCUAGAAGAGCCCUCCACGAGCGGCUCGGAGACCGACAGCGGCAUCUCGACACCCAGCGAAUUGAAGUUACUCCCUUCUCCCAUUGUCCAGCCGACACCGAGUGACGAAUGGACCGGCGAAGCCAGAGUAGGGCCCGUCAAACCCGCCGGCGCUUUUCUGAAGAACCUGGUUUACUCGGGACGGGCACUGUCCGAAUGGAGUCUUGUGGUGGCGGAGUGCAACAACUUUGUCGAGCGACGCCGCGACGAGGGUGUCACUUCGCUCAACGAUGUCGAGGUGCCGCUUCUUGGCGUUGAAGGCUUCCGCAAGAUGGCUGGCUGA